AUGGAAGUGUUUAUGGAUGAUUUUACUGUGUUUGGUGAUUCAUUUGAUAGAUGUCUUCAUGCUUUAUCUCAAGUUUUGAAAAGAUGUGUUGAAACUAACCUUGUUUUGAAUUUUUUAAAAUGUCAUUUUAUGGUUGAACAAGGUGUAGUUCUUGGUCAUAUUGUUAGUUCCAAGGGUUUAGAGGUUGAUAAAGUGAAAAUUGAUGUCAUUAGUUCUUUCCAAUAUCCUACAUGUGUUCGUGAAAAAGCUUUUGACGAUUUAAAAGACAAAUUGACAAGUGCUCCUAUGAUUAGACCCUCUGAUUGGUCUUUGCCUUUUGAAAUUAUGUGGAAUGCUAAUAAUAAGGUUAUAGGAGCUAUUUUAGGGCAAAAGAAGGAUAAAGAGUCUUAUCUUGCAUCUUUAUAUAGUGUUGACACUCCUUGGUAUGCCGAUAUUGUUAAUUACCUAGUGACUGGAACAUUUCCCCCUACACUCACUAAACCUCAAAAGAAUAAGAUUAAAUCUGAUUCUAAAUAUUAUCUUUUGGAUGAUCCAUAUCUGUGGAAAUUUUGUUUUGAUCACAUGAUAAGGUGUGUAGAUGAAUCUGAAUUUUCUUCAAUUUUGAAUUUUUGUCAUUCUCUUAAAGUUGGUGGCCAUUUUGGACCUCAACGAACCGCGUUUAAGGUGGAAGCCAUAGCUACCCAAACGGAUAAUGCUAAAAUUGUUGUAAAAUUUGUCAAAAGUCAUAUUUUUAAUAGUUUUGGUUUACCAAAAGCCAUAAUCAGUGAUAGGGGAACCCAUUUUUGUAACAAAACUUUUGGCACCCUUCUUGUAAAGUAUCAUGUGACACAUAGAGUAGCAACUGCCUACCACCCCCAAACUAAUGGGCUAGCUGAAGUUUCAAAUAGGAAAAUCAAAUCUAUCCUAGAGAAAGUGGUGAAUCCUAAUAGGAAGGAUUGGAGCCUUAGGCUAGAAGAUGCUUUAUGGGCUUAUAGGACAGCUUAUAAAACACCUAUAGGAAUGUCACCAUAUCUCCUUGUGAUUGGUAAAGGAUGUCAUUUACCUGUAGAACUUAAACACAGGUCUUAUUUGGCUGUGAAGCAGUGUAAUAUGGAUUAUGAGUUAGCUAGACAACAACAGAAACUUGGUUUACAAGAGCUAGAGGAAAUCAGAUUAGAGGCUUAUGAAAAUAAUCAGAUUUAUAAAGAUAAGACUAAGGAUUUUCAUGAUAAGAGAAUUGUUAAAUCUGAUUUCACUGUAGGACAUAAAGUUCUUUUAUAUAAUGCUUGUCUCAAGUUGUUCCCUGGAAAACUUCGAUCUAGAUGGCUAGGACCUUUUGUUAUUACUAAUAUUUUUCCACAUGGUGCAGUUGAAAUUAAAAGCUUGGAAACUAAUAAGGAGUUUAAAGUGAAUAGUCACAGGUUGAAACCAUUUUACGACUAUGACUUUGCGGGGAUGAUUGAAGAAAUUGACUUUUGA